GCAAACUCACCGUAACACAGUGACACAAUGGGCUGUUGUGUAACUAAUUGAGGGUUUUACUGUUGGACAAAUACGCAUUACGAUUUGCAGUUUGUGUGGUUAGCCUGUGAUAAGACAUUCCUGCACGGAUUGUGGCGACAGAGCGAGGGGGCUUUGCAUAAUUAAAGGUCAUGCCUUUCACGUGAAAUACUCCUUUAAAAGCAGAUUCGGUCACAUUGAGGCGCAUCGUAAACAAGCGAAUAGAGAAGAGAGGGGAAGUCGGUUGGUCAAGUCGGCUACAGGAUGGUGUCAUCGAACCCUUUACCGGAGGGAUUCUCUGAAUUUGAUGUGUUCUCCUUAGGGUGUUGUCUUCUGGUGGAGGGUCUCCUGGGCUUCUUUCUAAAUGGCGUGACAGUCGUUGCUUUCCUCAAAGUCAGAGAGCUGAGAUCCCCGAGUAAUUUCCUUGUGUUCAGUUUAGCGAUGGCUGAUAUGGGCAUUUCCAUGAACGCCACCGUCGCCGCUUUCUCCAGCUUUUUGAGGUACUGGCCUUAUGGUUCUGAAGGGUGCCAAACUCAUGGGUUCCAUGGCUUCUUGUCAGCUCUCGCCAGCAUCCACUUCAUAGCUGCCAUUUCCUGGGACAGAUACCACCAGUACUGCACUAGAACAAAGCUGCAGUGGAGCAGCACCAUCACUUUGACUGUAUUUAUCUGGCUGUUUACUGCUUUCUGGGCCAUCAUGCCGCUCAUUGGCUGGGGAGAGUAUGACUAUGAGCCCCUCAGGACCUGCUGCACUCUGGACUACAGCAAGGGAGACAGAAACUAUGUGUCCUACUUGAUCCCUCUGGCCAUCUUCAACAUGGCCAUCCAGGUGUUUGUUGUCAUGUUCUCUUACAAAGCCAUUGCACAGAAAUUCAAGAAGACUGGCAACCCCAGGUUCAACCCCAACACUCCUCUUAAGGCUAUGCUCUUCUGCUGGGGCCCCUAUGGCAUCCUGGCUUUCUACGCUGCUGUGGAGAAUGCCAGCCUGGUUUCCCCUAAGCUCAGAAUGACUGCUCCUAUCCUGGCUAAGACCUCUCCGACCUUCAAUGUCUUCCUGUACGCUUUGGGAAAUGAGAAUUAUAGAGGAGGCAUCUGGCAGUUCCUCACUGGAGAAAAGAUUCCUGUGCCUCAAACUGAGAACAAGUCCAAAUAAGGUUAAUGCUGCUGAAAGGCAUACAGAUUAUAAAGCAUCCAGUUUCUCCCUGGAGGGACUAGUGCAGCAGUGGUUCACUGUCCCACUUAGUAAAAAUAUUUGGACUUGCCUACUUCUGUAAUAAACAGGAUUUUUUGGAGUUCAUAUCAAAAUGUAAUGAGAUUUUUAUUAUUAAGUAAGGGAUGACAUUUAUUGUGAGUUUAUCUUAAAACACGUUCACAAUCCCUGCUUCUUGUGAAGUGAUGUGAGAUACAUACCCCAGGGCUCUCUCUAUUUCUCUAUAGUCUCUAAAUGUAUUUUAUCCUGUCCGCUCUGGUCUCAGAAUCAAGGGCUCCUGUCUGUCCACAGAGCUAAAAAAGAAAUCUGCAGGCAACAGGGCCUUCACCUCUCGGCGCCCCUUCCUCUGGAAUAACCACCCUGUUUCCCUGACAUUCUGACUCUAUAAAGGGCUUUAAAUCAGAACUUAAAACCCAUUUUUAUGCCUCAACUGUCAAUUAGUGGCUCAUUACCUCAGGCUGUUCACCUGCACCAUUACCCCACUGGCAGGACAGUCUCAGUUUCACUGAAUCUGUUAACCCUACUGAGUUCUCUCUGUCUCCCUUGUGUCCACAUUGUCCCUGUUUUGCUCUACUUCUGUGUGUUUGUUUUAUUUCUCCAGAUGUGCUUCAGUUUCCCUCUGUGUGUUUGUGUAGUCUGUGUUCUUUCCAGGUCUUUGGGAGAAGUCGUCCUGUGGCCUGCUGUAGGUCCUAUUUGUUGGCAGCACCUGGACAUUGCUUGAUGUGUUUCAACAUUGUAUUCUUCAUAUAUAUUUAAAGUCCAUGAUGUUGUCAUCCUGAGUGUCCAUACUUGCAGUUUUACUACAUCCUUUAUUUUGUACACAUAGCGGGUAUUGCAUGUUUGUCCAUCCUGGAAGAGAGAUCCCUCCUUUUUUUUGUACAUUGAUAGAAUUAACUAGUCCACUGGCUGACGCCUCUAUUACCAAGAGGCCUUCUUGUGUUCAGAAUCCUUUUGCCGUUCAGUUCAACCUGUUAAAUCAGUGUGCUUCCUCCACUAUAAUAUAAUAUAAUGAAACAAAUGGACAUGUGACAAUAAUAUACAUUCACUCUUGAAACAACAAUCAAAUGCACACCUACAGUAACACAUUAAAUAUUAGAAUAAAAAUGUAUUUGCUUUGAAGAAACAGUAUUGUUCCUGGAAUAGUGUUUCAGUGUAAUCUGGAUUAAAGUGGUGCUCUGCAUCACUGCUCUCUGGAAAUCGCUGUUUUAGUUCAUUGAACUCACUUUGACCAGUAAAGA